AUGUCGUUCUCGUUUGUUUCCAACUUCGAGUCUGUCAAGGCCAAGGUCGAGGACCAGCAGGCGAACAAGGUUAACGCCUUUGCUGCCCCCAAGACCGACGCCGAGAUGACUGGCAAGUUCGACAACGUCGACUUCAAGUUCUCUCCUUUCCAGGAGUACUCGCCCGCUUCGCUUUCUUCGCUUUCGGUUGUUUCGUCUGGCUCGUCUUCUGCUUCCGGUUCUUCUCUUUCUUCUGUUUCCGACUUUGGUUGUGUUUCUGGUUCCUUUGCCUCCAUUAAUGCCGCCCGUGGGCCUCUCUCUCUCUCUUUCGGCGAGUCGCAGGCGCUGGACGCCGAGCUCGCCGCUUCCAGUGACUCUUGCACUUUGGCGUCGGAGGUCUCGGACCUUGUCGAUGCUGAGGACUGCCAGGUCACUCGUGCUGUUACUACUGACGCCAGCAUCGACGAGCUUGAGGACUGCUUCUUCUUCAUCCCCGACGAGGAGCUUCCCCUCAAGUUCCGCGAAUACGGCUCCGCCUGCUACGAGCUCUCUAAGGACGACAUCGGCCGCUCUGUGCAGGAGCUCUGGGGUUACCCGGCGCCCUGCGAGACUCGCGUCGUCAAGAAGCUCGGCCAGGGUGGCUUCGGUGCCGUUUACCACGUCGAGGCCCUCGUCAACGGCUCCUGGGUGGACCAGGCUUUGAAGAUUUUGCCCCGUAACUCUGGCUGUAUCGCUUCCUUUAAGACUGAGAUUAAGACUUCGGAGAGACUCAGGAACGCUGACUUUGACUUCUCUGACCGUGUCGCCCUCGUCCAAGACUACUGCUUCAACGAGCUCGCGCUUUUCUUGGUCUACGACUUCUACCCCGCCGGCGCUCUUCUCGACUACAUGAGGAACGACAGCGUCGACAACGACACCAAGCUGCGCAUCUUCUCCGACCUCGCCUACACCCUCGAGCAGUUCCACCGCGUCGACAUCACCCACGCCGACAUCAAGACGGAGAACAUUCUCGUGACGGAGCGCGACGGCCGACCUUUCCCGGUGAUUGCUGACCUUGGCCUGUGCAGGCACAUCGAGUUCGGCGAUGUCCUCACGGAGCAGAUCGGCACUCCUCAGUUCAUGGCUCCGGAGGUCUGCGACUUCGGCGGAGAGGGGUGGGGACCGCUUGCCGACGUGUACUCACUCGGUGCGACGCUCCAUGAGCUCUACUUCGGGAUGGGGUGGUGGGAGAUGGCCAAGGGUAACUGGGGGGAGAAGACGAUGUUGGGGUGCACUGACGAGUGGUUCACUGACAUCCUUCCCACUGACCCCGCCGCGAUCCUCAUCGAGGACCUCAUCAUCCGCUGCUGCGUGGCCGACCCCGCCUUCCGCCCUGCCGCCUGCCUGAUCGCCGACGAAGUUCGACACCGUCUCGCCUACGCCGACUUUGCCGGCGGUUCGCUUGCGGAGUCGUACGACGUUGUGGAGGCUUGGAACAUUGAGCAGGCGGCCGACACCUUCUAA